AUGUUGCGACCGGAGAUACCAGUAGGGGACAGAUUAACUCAUUUUCAAAAAAAUUGGCAGUUGAUUACAACAGACAAAUGGGUUUUAUCAAUUAUAAAAGAGGGUUACAAAUUGGAAUUCAUAAAGAAACCAAUUUUUCAGGGUAUAAAACAAACUCAUGUCAGUAUCGAAAACGAACAUAUUAUGCAGGAAGAAAUAGAUUCUUUAAUGCAAAAAAAAUGCUAUAGAAAUCGUACCGAAAACAAAUUGGACGACAGGUUUUUACAGUACUCUAUUUUUAGUCAAGAAAAAGACAGGAGAUUUAAGACCAGUCAUAAAUCUAAAACCUCUAAAUCGGUACCUCCGAAAGCAACAUUUCAAGAUGGACACAUUGACAAAAGUGUUAAAUCUAGUUCAAAAGAACGAUUGGGCGAUAUCUUUCGACUUAAAAGACGCUUAUUUUCACAUAGGCAUAUUCAAGAAACACAGAAAAUUCCUCAGAUUUGCAUGGAAGGGGAAAGUUUUCCAAUUCAAAACAUUAUGUUUCGGACCAACUGUCUCUCCACGAGUUUUCACAAAAAUAUUGUCAGUUGUUGCAGCUUAUCUAAGAGUAAAAGCCAUACGAUUAGCAGUGUAUCUGGACGACUGGAUACAACUGAAUCAAGAAAGACAAAUAUUACUAACAGAAAGAGAGAUAACGCUCAAUCUUCUUCUGAAUCUAGGUUUCAUAAUAAACAAAAACAAAUCCACUCUCAUUCCUGUACAGAUUCUGACAUAUUUAGGAACAGUUUUUCAAUUAAAGAAAGGCCUGGUUUAUCCAACGGCAGAAAGAUUUCAGAAAUUAGUGAAGGCAAUGCAUCUACUAAUCAAUGGUUACACAAAAGCAAGACAAUAUUUGGUAGUUCUUGGAAUGAUGGCAUCCACACUAGAAAUUGUACCAAAUGCAAGACUGUAUAUGAGACCCCUUCAAAUGCAUUUGUUACGAAACUGGAGUCCAGCCAGAAUGUCUCUGCACUGGGAGGUCCCAUGUACACAGUCUGUGAAAUCCAGUCUCCAUUGGUGGUUACAUCAAGCCAAUUUUCAAAAAGGGGUAUCUUUGCAACCAAUUCAACCGCAGAUAACAAUGACUUGCGAUGCAUCAAUGGUGGGAUGGGGUGGUUUUGUGAACAACCAAGUAGUACAGGGUGUUUGGUCCAGGAACCAGAGUACAGAGCAUAUAAAUUAUCUGGAAUUGAAGGCGGUACAUCUGUCAUUGGAAAAUUUUGUUCCGAUAUUAAAGAACAAACAUGUAUUGAUUCGAUCAGACAAUUCCAGCACAGUUCAAUAUUUGAACAAACAGGGAGGUACAAAAUCGAUGAGACUUUGCGAAUUAGCUCAGAGAAUCUGGUUCCUAGCUCUACACCACAAUAUGAAAUUGAAAUCAGUACAUAUCAAGGGGCAGACAAAUGUAUUAGCGGAUUUUCUCAGCCGACACCAACUUCAGGCUACAGAAUGGUCACUGAACAAGACUGUAGUGAACCAUCUGUUUUGGAUGUGGGAGACUCCGCUAAUAGAUUUGUUUGCGACAGCAGAGAACAAACAAUGUCCAGUGUUUUGCUCAUGGAAUCUAGAUACAUUAGCACUGACACAGGAUGCUCUGUCCAUAAGUUGGGAAGGCAUGAUGGCAUAUGCAUUUCCACCCAUAAGUCUGUUGGGCAAGGUACUCAAACACAUGAUGAAGUUUCAGUGCGAAUUGAUUCUGAUAGCACCAAUGUGGGAACGUCAGCAUUGGUAUCCAAUGAUUCUUCAGUUGUUGAUAGCUCCACCAGUCAAGCUUCCAGAAAUGGAAGAUUUAUUGGUUCAGAAAGGGAUGUUACAUCCGAAUCCAAAAUUUCUAAAACUGACUGCAUGGAGAUUAUCGACAAACGGUAUGAAACAGAAGGAUUUUCUAGACAAACUAGAAAAUUAUUGUGUUCAUCAUGGAGAAUCGGAACUCAGAAAGAUUAUAGAUGUAAAUUUAGGAAAUUCCAUAGCUGGUGUGGUAAAAGACAAAUUGAUCCCUUUAGUCCAUCUUUAAAUAACUGUGCUAAUUUUUUAGCUGAUCUAUAUAAAGAUGGUUUAAAAUACAAAACAAUUUCAGGCUAUAGAUCAAUGAUGUCUUCUAUGUUGAACCCGGUGGACAGAAUACCAGUGGGUCAACAUCCCUAUAUUAUUCGUUUACUGAAAGGCAUUUUCAAUGAAAGGCCACCAGUGAAAAGACUUGUACCUGAAUGGAAUUUAUUGUUUGUUUUAGAUGCCCUCAAGCAACCACCGUUUGAGCCAAUAAAGACAGCCAGUUUAAAGUAUGUAACUUACAAGACAGUUUUUCUCAUAGCGAUUACAACUUUUCGCAGAUGUGGGGAUUUACAAUCUUUGACAUUGGGAGAAAAUUCUGUGAAUGUACAAGCAAAAGGUGUAACUUUCAUAAGGCAUGGUUUAUCGAAACAGGACAGAGGUUCACAUCAGAGCAAUACUAUUUUUAUUCCUGCUUUUCCAAAGAACAAGUUGUUGGAUCCAAAACGAGCAUUGACUUAUUAUCUGAAAUCAACAGAAAAAUUUAGGAAUUCAAAAGAGAAGGACUCUUUGAAAUUAUUUUUAACUGUAAAUAAACCGCAUAGAGCGGCUUCAAGUCAGACAAUUUCGUCAUGGAUUGUUAAGACUAUUCAAAAGUCAUACAAAAUGAAAAAAGUGUAUGUAUCUAAAGUUAAAGGUCAUUCAACUAGGUCAAUCGGACCAUCAUGGGCUCUUUUUAAGGGAGCUCCAUUGAAAGAUGUUUUAGACAGUGCAGAUUGGAGUAGAUCAUCUACUUUUGUGAAGUUCUAUUUUAAAGAUGUAUCAUUUGAUUUUCUUAAAGAAUAAUGUUUUUCUCCCCGGCGAGUUAUUUUCCGGAAAGUGAACUGUUUUUAAGUCAACAGUAUGGAACAUAUCAUAUAUAUGACGGCCACAAGUAGUGGUUUAUCCAUCAUAUAUUUUUUAAAAUAUAUUGUUUAAAUAUGUGGGAAAGUGAAUAAGAUUACAUGAUUUGUACUGUGUACAGUUAUUGUUGUGUAUAUAAGAGGGACUGUUGUAGCAGUUUUUAUGAAAUAGAAGAUAUAGAAAACUCUGGAAUGAGAAGAUCUACUAUAAUUGUUGGAGUGGUCAGAAAGUACCUGAACCCGCCUCCAAAGAGGGACUGCUUUGGGAAGGAAUCCUAAAGUACAUAUGUCAGACUACUUUCUGAGGCCUUCGAAGGCGCCAAGGAAAGUGAUUCGAGCAUGAGGUCGUGUGGAGAGGAAACUACGAUACGCAUGCGCGAAAGUUGUUUAUUUCCGGUAGUCGUCUAUUAUGCGGCGCCUACCGUAUAGCGAGUUAUUUUCGGGCCGAGA